GAAACUCGGGCUCUCGAGUGGGCAAACGAGAAUCGAAAGAGAACGCCUUCUACUAAUUGGUUCGAUUAUUGGUAUCGUCUGUCGUCUGUCCGUUGAAUCUUCAAGAAACUGCAUUUUAUGCCAACAUUGUCUUCCAUCCUCGAAUCAUUACGCUAAUGGCUACCCCAUUUAUUGCUGGGCUUGCAGUAGCAGCUGCAGCCAUGGCUGGUAAAUAUGGAAUUCAAGCCUGGAAUUCUUUCAAGACAAGACCACCAAGGCCAAGAUCACGCAGAUUCUAUGAAGGUGGCUUCCAACCAACAAUGACAAGACGAGAAGCAGCUCUAAUUCUUGGUGUUAGAGAAGGUGCUGCAGCAGAGAAGGUGAGGGAAGCACAUAGAAGGGUAAUGGUUGCAAAUCAUCCUGAUGCAGGAGGCAGCCAUUACUUGGCUUCAAAAAUCAAUGAAGCCAAAGAUGUAAUGCUUGGAAAGACCAAAAACACUGGUUCUGCAUUCUGAUGAUUCUUUAUCACAAGCAACAUGCAUACAUGGUAAUAAAAAAAAAAAAAAAAAAAAAAAAAAAACUGUGUAUCGAGUCUUGUUGAUUACAGAAAAUUUUCUCCAUUGUUGUUUUGUUAUGUCUUUGGCUUGUGUUUGUUUGAAUAAUCAAGAAAUAGAGUUGAAGAAUGGAUAUCUUUCCUAGUC